GGUCAUUCUCCAUAUACCUUUAUUUGGAAGCGAAGGAUCGACUAAAAAGGAAUCGUCCUCUAUCGACUAGAGACUCCAUAAAAGGCAAUCGUACUAUACACAACGAAGUGCAAUGCAAGCAGAGGGGACUCAAAACUCGACGGAUUCCCUCGAAAACCUUCAUUAUUCAGGCCAACCUCAAGUUGUUCUUGACGGAUCAAGCCUUUCAGAGAACCAAAGUUUUACACAAGAAGGAAUGGGCGAACUGAAACGACCUCUCGAGAACGACGACGACGACGAUGAUGAUGAUUCGACCGGUCAGGUCCCAGCUGACUCUGUUAAACCAGCUACUAAAAAGACCCGAGGGAGGGUUAAGAUUGAUAUGAAGUUUAUAACUAAUAAACUUCGGCGGUAUACGACGUUUAGUAAAAGAAAGACGGGUAUUAUGAAAAAGGCUUAUGAGCUUAGCACGUUAACAGGAACACAAGUCAUGCUUCUCGUAGCUUCAGAGACGGGCCACGUUUAUACAUUCGCCACAAGAAAACUACAACCAAUGAUAACGUCUGACAGUGGAAAAGCUUUAAUCCAAACUUGUUUGAACUCUCCUGAUCCACCAGUGUCUCAGAUCCCUAACCCUGAUCAGAGAAUGUCUGCUACAGGGUACGAAGAGACAGAUUUAACGUACACAGUCAACGAGAAUGAUGCAGAAAAGGAUAGAGGUGGUAUUUACACUACACAACAGUUGGAUGGACAACAUCAAAUGGGCUUGACAAGUACAUCAAUGACUGGUAUAACAGCAAUGCCCGCAUCUGGCCAUUCUUUCCCAAUAACAACAUACAUCCCACAGCAAGCGGUCAGUAAAUCGUCUUCUAAUUCGACAUCGUACUCUGUGCAAGCAAUGCCUGGUGGUGGGUCCUUCACUACGAUAUUUACCCCUGGAUCUAAUAUUGCUGGUACAGCUAUUCAGAUACCACAUUCGUUAGCUCAAGGAACACAGCAACAUGGUGUGCAGUUAUUUACCCAGCAGGUGCAGUUGCAGCGAGGACAGGUGCAAACAACAUCAAGUCACUCAACACCAACCAUCACAACUGUCCACAUAGGAAGUGACGGCCAGAUACAAAACACCCAAGAACAUGCUGUUGAGAAUAUCCAAGGAAAUCCAGCACAUGUCCAAUCACUGGGCACCCUAAUGGUGCCGAUAGCUACCCACCAAGGUGAAGGUACCCAAGUUGUAUCACUCGCUAAUGUAGUGCCGUCAUCUAUGAUGCUCACUACCCAGGCCGGUCAGAUACCAGUCAUGUAUUAUACUGGGCAAUCGUCAGGAAUCAUGUCAGUUUCACAGCUAAGUGACGGCGACCACACAGGAGUUCAGAAUCAUCAGUUGCAGGGUGAUGGAUCUGAAGUGUCUCACUCACUCGCUGGGACUUUGUCACUCUCAGGUGUUCAUGUCACAUCUGAUCACAUGACGUCAAAUUAUCAUGGUCAAAAUGUCGUCACUGAAAAUAGUGGGACACAGGCUCCGGAUGAUGUUCACAAUAUGGUGAAUGAAUCAUCGAUGAAUGAUGAUACAUCGCCUAAAGAAGAAAUGACAAAUUCUCAAAAUCAGAAUGAAGUAUGAGAGAGCAGUGAAUCAUUUCAUUGCCACUUUGUAGCAAAAAGGUAUAUUUUGAGGUUUUCCCACACAGACUCUUGUGUGAAAAGUUUGCUCCACUUUAGGACGCACGUUGUGAUUCAAAAAAAGAAAUUGUUUGUUGUAAUCUGAGUCAAAAAGCUUAAAAUCUUUAUAAUCUUAAAUGAGCAAACUAUAAUAAUACUAUAGACCUAGUGCGAGCUAUAGAUAGAGGUUGGUCAGGUUUUGUCUCUAUGAACCAAGCCAAAGGCCAUCAAACCUGCCUAUAAAAUCUUUUAAAAAAUGAAUAUGACCAAUAUUUCCCUAUCUGAAAGGAAUAUGUAUGGUCAAUUAGUGCUUAUCAUAGUUCAGCAGAAACAAAAGAAAUUUAGAACUUAAAAUUUGGGAGGCUAGUCCAGAAUGAAAGAUUGACUGCUUCCAGUAACCAAUCAGAUUGCUACAUUUCCAUCUGGACUGCUGGCUGGCCUGCACCUUAUGCCAUAUGCCAUGUGAUUUUGAGCUGCCAAUAGGGGUCUAAUUGGAAACUAGUUGGGGAAAAAUAUAGUCUUGUCUGUAGUUGCAAAGCAAAGGCCAAUAUGGGAUAUUUUCUUCCACUGACAUCAAAAUCAAAAUAACUUUUAUAUAGCCAUUCUCCUAUCUCGAGGUAGUUUUGAGCUGACAAUACAGGUUCAAAUUGGGAGCUCUCUCCCAAUCAAACUUAUAGGAGAAUCGUGAUACUAUACCAUUGUACACAAGAAGACAUGAAUAUGGAUACAUCUCGAGCAGAGUUUUUACUCUCGUGAGAAUGUCCCAAGGUCUCAAAAAAGAAAACUAAAUACUGAAGCUAAUAGGACCUAUACUGCUUUAAGUUACGUAUAGAACUGAUAAAUUAUAAGUACAUUUAUUUCUCCUAACUAAAACAUGUAAAUAUAUAUACGGGAAUACUUUAACAAAUGCUUCUAAGCAAUGUUUUUAAAACAAGAGGCCAAGUAUAUUUUAUAUUACACAAGUAAUAUUUGGUUUCCAAUUAUUGAGUGUUUCUCAACUCAUCUAUACAAGCUGCCUUUCUCAGGGCCUGUUCAUAUUGCAUCAGGGGAAGGGUGGGGGUAAAAAUAUGGUGCUCUAAUAGGCAAGGUUGGUAUAUUUUUUGAAGUCAGGGGGACAUUUUUUACUAUUAUGAAGAGGGAGGAAAAGUUUUUAUUUUUAUUUGGAUGCUUUAAAAAAUCACUGCUUAUCCCCUGAUCAAAAAUGAACAGUUCCCUUAGAGCAUUUGGUAUAACUGAUGACAAUCAGUAUAUGUAACAUAUUCAUAAAAAUAAAAUGUAUAACACAUAAGAUAAUGACUAAAAGUAAAAGUAAAACAAGAAACCAAUGGAAUAGUAUUUGUCUACUAUAUAUGAUAUGAAUUUUAUUAUUCUAUCGGUCUUCUGUUGGCAUACCACAUGUAGUACAAUAAUCUGGGUAACUAACACUAAUCAACGACACUAUUAUAUCCUAUACUAUGUUAAUACUUAAUAUUUUUUUAUGGCCAAGUAAAAUCACUCUAUUGUCUAUAUCAGAUAUCUACAUCUAUACCGAUAUAUAUAGAUUAUUAUAGGUCAUGCGUAAUAAUUAUUUCCUGAAAUCAAAGCAUGUCUUCAGCAUGGUGAAUGUUAUGAUCCCCAGAGCCUGGUCGUACAAAGGGUUGAUAGCACUAUCCGAUGGAUAAAUCCUUAUCCAGCAGAUAAACUUGAUGUCGUUAUCCAAUAAAUUUAUCUACUGGGGAAGGAUUUAUCAGUCGGAUGGCUCUAUCCACCCUUCGUACAACCGGGCCCAGUUAUCUUAAGUAGAGCAGUUUUUUGUAUGAGUUAGUAAUAAACUAAGGAAAUUUUGCAGAUAUAUUGCAAAUGAACAUGAAAAAAACUACAAUGCGUUGAGAUUGAACACCAAAAAAAACUACAAUGCGUUGAGAUUGAACACCAAAAAACACUGCAAUGCGUUGAGAUUGAACACCAAAAAAAACUACAAUGCGUUGAGAUUGAACACCAAAAAAAACUACAAUGCGUUGAGAUUGAAUGACUUUCAUGGAGACAACAUCGAGACAUUUCAGUGUUUUGGCAUAUCACACCUUACACAUGUUAUGUACAUUUCCCACCUAUAUAGAAACUACUCUACUUGUCAUAACAAGAAAAAGUUGCUAUCUAAGUAAUAAUAUUAUUCCUUUUCAACAUAUUUUACUUGGUUGUAAGAAAAAUUGUCAAUGCUUUUUAAAAAAUCUUGGAAUAUAAAGUGUAA